GUCUUUGAGAAAUCCAGGUUAGUUGCAGAUGACACAUUCCUGAACAUGAUCUGACUUCAGUAUUUCGAUCAGGAAUAACACCGUCUCCUUAAUAAAAAGGCCCAGGGGCUGAGAACCCGCCAGAGGUGAGACGGCUUAGAGUUCUAACCAGCUCAGAGUCCAGCGCUUACCGCGGCAUUAGAUUAGCCACUCCAGACAGUUGGUUUUCUGGUGAAACUCACAGAGCACCACCUCAGAGCACCAGGCUUCAGGAGCAGGCAGAUCUGGACUGAAUCUGAGCUCUGUUACCACUGUGCUGGGAAGUGUGGGGCCACUGCUUCAUCUGUGCAUGGUUCAUCUUUAAAUAAAGCAAAAAUGGAUCGAGUGAAGACCUUCCAUGAAGACAUCCGAGAGAGACGCUGCAAGCCGUAGAGCCUGCGGGCCCCGUGUGCCCACAGCCGCCUGCAGCGACCGCAUGGCGUAAGGGCAACCGAGAGCACCCACCUGGAGGGAGCGCGGGCCGUGUGCGUUCUGCCCACCUCUGGGCCACGAAGGCUGCUGAGCGAGAGCGUUCCGUGGAGGAACGAGGGCGAGCAGCGUGAAGAUGGAGACCUCGGUCUCCGAAAUUCAGGUCGAGAACAAGGAGGAGGGGCGCUCGGCGGAAGCCAGCCCUCAGGGUGAGAGGCCGGGGGACAAGGCGGCCACGCUGUGCUUCAAGCGAAGGAAGAAAGCAGCCCCGGCGCCGAAGCAAAAGCCGAAGCCAGCGGUGGGUUCUGAGGGCCCAGCCGCCGCCAGGCCCGGCCCUGGCCCUGCGGGCGCUGGAGCUUCCCAUCAGCCCCCGCGGCGCGCAGGCGCCUGGGCCUCCCUCCAGCGCCUCGUGACGCGCCGGAAGCGGGCGGAUUCCGCGCAGGCGCAGAGGCGUGAGGAGGCGGAAGCGCGGUCCGACGUCCGAGCCGAGGACGCCGCCCUGCCCAAGAAGAGGCCAAGAUCCAGACUGAAGAUUCCUUGCGUGAAAUUCUCAAGAGGGGGCAAGAAGGGCGCGCGUUCCCAGAUUCUCGAGGACUCCGACUGCAGCGGCAGAGUCCAGGGAGAGGCGGAAGGGUCGACUACCCGGGCCCGGACCCCGUCGGCCGAGCGGGCAGCCAAGGCCGCGCCGGCCCCGGCGCCCCCAGAGGCCUCUGAGGCCCCUGGCCGCGGCCGUGGGCCCUCCGGGGAGCAAGUGAUCGCCGUGGAGCUGGGUUCCGAUGGCGGGCGGCCUGCUGUGCAGACAGGAGCGCUCGUCCUUGGGAAAGACAGCGACACGGCGCAGGAGGAGGAGGAGGAACCGGGAGUUCAAGCCCAGCCAGCCGGUGCGCUCGAGGCUGCAGGUGCAGAGCCUCGCAGUGAGGCAGAAGCCGAGGACAGCGUCCCCGAGAGCCGGCCGGAUCGGAAAGACUCGGAGAGAGAGGUGGCCGUGGCGGAGACCGAAUGCGAAGACUCUGGAUUGCGCCAGGAAUCAGACUGGAAAGAAAAUGGCGUCCCUGCAGAGAAACCCCAAGCAGAGGAGAGCAAAAGGAUGGAGCCCAUUGCCAUUAUUAUCACAGACACCGAAAUCAGUGAAUUCGAUGUGAAGAGGUCGAAAAAUGUCCCCAAGCCGUUCUUAGUUUCAGUGGACAAUGAUGGUGGUGUGGAGGGGAGAACUUCAGAACAGUAUGAGACGCUCUUGAUAGAAACAGCGUCUUCGCUCGUCAAGAAUGCCAUCCAGUUGUCUAUAGAACAGCUGGUCAAUGAAAUGGCCGCUGAUGACAACAGAAUAAACAGCCCCCUGCAGUGACUUCAUUUCUGAAUCCUGGGAGAGGGCCGAAAGCUCCUGGUGAAUUAUUUUCCACAUUUAUGGCAUUUAUUUAUUUGUUAUUCAGUGCCAAAUGAGAACUCCUACAAAACUCUCCAGUCCGCUGAGAUGCAGUCACUUCCGGAUUGGAGGAAGUCUGUGCAGACUUGGAAUGCCGAGUGAAGCGCUGGGUGUGACUAAGAUGGGGUGUGGAGAAUGGAGAGCUUUGGGGAGAAAGGAUGUAUUUAUCGAGCACUUACCGUAUGCCCCAGGCUCUUUCAUGUCCUCUGAUGUCAUAGAGUCCGGUUGAAACAUUUUUUUUCAAAAACUUUUCCUGACGGUGCGUUUUUAUCUUGUUUAAGAUGAUGACUAGGGUGAGCUCUUUUAGUGACAUGUGGUUUUUAGUUAUUACACUCAUAAAGCAAGUCCUCUCACCUCAAGAAAUGUAUUUUGUCAGUUUCAGCAGUGAGUGUGCAGAACACGCAUGUUGGAAUUAAACGUGAGUGGUUUCUAGUCUUGAGCACUGUUCCUUGCAAAUGCCACUCACUGGUUCCUUCAGCCAGGCACGUACAAAAGUGUGGAAAGAGUGCAUCGUUCCUCCCCAUCUUCCUCCUGCCCCAGUAGGCCUGGAUACAUCUAUUUCUACAGAGGCUGAUCUGCUAAAGAAAAAAACAACAAAAGCAAGACAAAGAGAAGGUUACUUUUUGUCCAAUAGAAGGAAGGAGGUGGACUUCCCAAGUAGCAAAUGGCCACGGCUCACCAUAACACUGACCUUGCAAAAUCACUUCUGAGAAGCUGGUUAGUCAGCCUCUCUUCCCAGAGGGGAGAGUAAAGGAAGUCAGAUCCAGGCUUGGAAGUUAAGGUCCUAGGAGGCCACAGUAAUUUAGUGAAAACGUCACUGAUUCAUGGCCAAGAAUGAGCCACUGGCAUGGUUGACUAGAAAGAGCAAAGUUAUUGCUACAGCACAUUUUAUUUUAAUUGCCAGUAUUCUUUCAUUGUCUCUAGGUAUUGAGAGACCAGCAAAAAGCUUUUUUCAUGGAUAUUGAAAAUCAAGUUUUUCAUUGUGAUUUUUCAGUCCAGUUAAUACUUUACCAAGAGGAAAAGGGCUUAUUUGCAGUUUACUCAGUUAUUUAAAGGGUAGCUUCUGAUCUCAUCAGUGAUUGCUGAAUUUGUUGACGUGCAAAAGUAUCUUCACAUUUUCCUCCCUUCAUGCUUGUAACCUUUGGGAGAAAUCCUUCAGCUCAGCAAGAUGGAAAGUGGGUCUUUCUACAUACAUGACCCAGGAAAUAAAUUUCUUUAAAUUCUACAGUUCUUAAGCAUGAAGGAAAAAAAACCGCUAAGUCAUUCUGAAAAGACUCUUUUCAGUUCACUAUAUGUGGUGCUAACGGACUUGAACAGCUACCAGCAAAACUCCUAUCACAUUAAAAAGUGAACAGUGGGCAAACCCGAUGAAGAUGAGUACAUUUAGCCCUGUUUGAAGACUCUGGUCUUCAUUUUCUACAAGGAUGGCUCCAAGCCAACAUAUCUGUGUUGGAAGCUUUUACUAAUUGCUUAAGAAUGAUCAUAGCACUUAUGAGUUAUUAAAAAUAUUUUUGGAAGGUUUAGACAUUUGGGAUUUUUAAAAGCAGUUACAAGGUCUUUUUGGUUAAGAAAGUAACUUUUUAAGUAGUUGUAGGUGUUUUUUUUUUCACUGUGCUCUUAUAGAUAUUUUUGGGUAGAAUAUAUUAUUGUCUUUAUGAUGAGAUGUGUGUUCACUGCAUCCAUCCCUAAGCAAUUUUCCCUCAGUCUUUUCUGUUGAGAGUAUCUCUUUGGAAAAGGAAUCUGGAAAUUAAUUGGUCUCAGUCUCAUUCUGUCUGCUAUGUGGCCAGAUCAUUUUACAGUGAAUUCUAGAGUGACCCAACUUAAUUGUCAUAGAAAUAAUCAGGAAUCAGAUGGCUCACAAGUCUCAAAAAUAUUUUUAUUAUAAUGGUAUUUAUUUUAAGUAAUUUGACCUUAAAUGCAAAGCAUUCACUGAGUGUAAAUAGGUUCUGAUGCAUCCGUUUGACAACAUAAAAAUGUUCAUUUAAAAGGUUUAAACUUAAGAACACCACAUUAAUUUUCAUCUAAAUGCUGCUUUUAGUGCUUUUAUUUAUUAGCUAGGAUUCAGUUUCUCUUUGAACUUGGAAUUUUACAGGAUUGGGGGAGCUAAUUAAGUAUUUGUUCAUUUUUUUCAGCAUAUUCUAUCCCCUCUCAUUUUUUUAAGGUUUAUUUAUUUGAGAGGCAGAAUUACAGAGAGGCAGAGAGAAAGAUGGAGGUCUUCCUUCCUCUGGUUUAUUCCCUAAAUGGCUGCAGUGGCCAGAGCUGGGCCAAUCUGAAGCCAGGAUCCAGGAGCUUCCCCCAGGUCUCCCAUAUGGGUGCAGGGGCACAAGGACUUGGGCCAUCUUCUGCUUCUUUCCGAGGUUGUAGUAGAGAGCUGGAUCAGAAAUGGAGCAGCCGGACUCAAACCGGUGCCCAUAUGGAAUGCCGGCACUGCAGGCAGUGGCUUUACCCGCUAGGCCGUGGUGCUGGCCUCUGUGUUCCCUCUUUUAAGAGAAGUUUGCUUCUUACAACCCAGAGAUUAUGAAAAGUCUCCCUUAUUGUACGUAGCACUGUGCACUUGCCAUUUUUUUUCAAACCACCUUAUAGGAUACAAAAAUAGUUCCUGGUAACAUUGAAGUAAAAGUAGCAGAAAACAAAAGAGCUUUCAAACAGAAUUAUGUUCCCUGCCACCUCCUCCACCUCAAAGAAUAAUAAGCAGGUGGCACAACUGGAGUUCUUCAGAGAAGCUGUCUGCAUGAUUAUCUUCCAGGGUAAUGCACCUGACAGCAUGAGAUUGCGAGAUCUCAAUUGUUCUGCUGUUUAGUAGGGCCUUAGAGACGCUUUGAUUUACUCCGGAGAGAGGCUGUCGUUUCACCAGUAUAUGCGGAUGGGCGUCUCGCAGAAAUUGGGCUCAGAAUCACCAGAGACCAGCCACAUCUGGCUCCAAGCAAUCCGGUUAAUUUCAUGUGUAUAUUUCUAACUUCAAGUUGCCUUAUUUUUUACAGUUAAGAAUUUUUUAGGGGUUUACAGCAGAAUUAAAAAAAAUAUUGUUAGACUUUGGAAUUCCCCUUUUAAUGUCAACUUUACUGAGAUGUGAAGUGUACUUUCUAAUUUCCUCUGAUAAGCUACACAUCAAAGUUUGACUUUUCUGUCUGCCAAUCUGCAUUUUUAAUAUCUUCAAGGUUGAGAGUUCUUUAGGUUCAAAUUUCUAUGAUAUUUUAUUGUGUAAUACGAAAUUUCUUGUACAGAAUUCCAAAUUUCGAUCCUAGUACCUUUUUGAAAAACAUUUUUUUUAUAAUCCUUAUUCAGUUACCAAGAAAUUUUAGGAAGAAGUGAUGUAAACUUGGGUGUCGUGAUUAAAUUCCAUCUGAUUUAACACAUGUGUUAGGCAUAACACAAGCCAGAAGCUGUUUAAUGAUGGGACAGGUUUGCUGGCCUCCAAGGGCUCAGUAGGGAGCAGUGAUGAGAGGAACUAGGGCAGAGGUGAAGGUUGAGAGCCCUGGACGAUUCUGCCGCUCAAGUGCCAUGUAGGGGAGUAGAAAGCGCUGCUGAUUGUUCUGGCGUGGGGCAGGUGUGGUGUGAAUACAGCAGUCUGCAAGCUCUCAGUGCCUGAGCGGUUACACAGUGUAUUCACUCUGAUUUGUGACUAGGUGCAGGAAGAAGCCUGCAUAAUGUUACAUAUUUAUAGUAGUCCUUUGUCUGUAAAAAUGUUAAGUGGAUGAGCUCUUAUGGAAGUAAAAUUCCAUUUUGUAUUUCUCAUUAGAAUUAGUAUUAUAUGACUGUGGCUCAGAUGCUAUUAUUAAAGAAAGAAGAUUCUGUGGAAAAAAGGUUUCAAGGUGAAUUCUCUGUGUGCUGAUGAUAAACGCUAAGAAUAAACGCUAAGUUGUUUGGCCAGACCUCUCCAGUGCGGGGGGGUGACGUUCAGUUCCCAGGCUGGAAAGAUCACACUGAACACUGAUGGGUUCCUGAGAACACUGCCAGAAGUUCCGCAGGCUGUCAGCAACCCGAGGGGCAACCUCCCGCCAGGGCCGUGUGAACACUGCAACUUGGACCUCAUUCAGGCGACCCGGUGCCUCUGGACCCAUUGCCGUCUGCGGAUUUGACAGAACGGGUUUGAUCCUCGCUCGCUGUCCUCACUAGGUGUCCUUUCUGCUUUAUGCCAGCCUGUAAGUGCUAAGAAUCUUUACAUUUUCCAAACAACUCCGCUGUCUUGAUACGAAAAUGCUCAUUCAGAUGGUACCUGCUAAAGCUGGGUGUUCCAAACUUUCUGUGUGCACGGAGGCACUGACUGCAUUCUGCUAAGGUUAACAAUCUCGUUUUUUGGUUUUGUUUUUUAAGUUUACUUAUUUGGAAAGCAGGCGGACAGAGGUCUUCCAUCCGCUGGUUCACUCCCAAAUGCCGGCAACAGCCAGGACUGGGCCAGGUUGAAGCGAGGAGGCAGAAAUUCCAUCCUGGUCUCCGACGUGGAUGGCAGGGACCCAAGAAUUUGGAUCCUCAUCUGCUGCCUUCCAGGUGUACGUUAGCAGGAAGCUGGACCAGAAGCAAAGGCAGGACUUGAUCCCAGGAACGCUGAUACAGGAUACAAGUGUUGCAAGUGGCAGCUUAACCCACUGUGCCACGAUGCCCACCCUGUACAAUAACCCUGUUUUUUCUUGCAUGCAACCAGUGUGGAGAAUGGGACCCCACAGGAGACUCCGCUGUCAGCCCUAUGGGUGCAUGGGCUGCACCAACCACAGAGGAAAUGUUUGGAGGAAAAAGUUACCUUUGUACCUCUGUACUGUACAGACUUUGCCUUGUCAUUAUUCCCUAAGCAAUACGAUUUAGCAGCUAUAUAUGUGGGAUUUGUAUUAGAAUGAUAAGUUAUCUAGAGAUGACUUAAAGUUUGCAGGAAGACAUGCAUAUUAUGUGCAAAUGCUAUGCCAUUUUAUAUAAGGGACUUCAGCAUCUGUGGAUUUUGCUGUGUAUGGGGCCAUAUAACUAAUACCCCACUGACACUGAGAGACAAGUGUAGUUUCCCUUCCUUCCUUCCUUCCUUCCUUCCUUCCUUCCUUCCUUCCUUCCUUCCUUCCUUCCUUCCUUCCUUUCUUUCUUUCUAGAUUUCUUUAUUUAUUUGCAAGGGAGUGUUAGAGAGAGGCAGAGGCAGGCAGGCAGGUGGGGGUGGGGGGGUCUAUGUCAUCUGCUGGUUCACUCCCCAGUUGGCCGCAAUGGCUGGAGCUGGGCUGACCUGAAGCCAGAAGCCAGGCAUCCCUUCUGGGUUUCCCACGUGGGUGUAGGGGCCCAAGGACUUGGGCCAUCUUUACUGCUCUCCCAGGCCAUAGCAGAGAGCUGGAUGGGAAGUGGAGCAGCCAGGACCUGAACUGGCGCCCAUAUGGGAUGCCGGCAUUGCAUGUUGUGGCUUUACCUGCUACACCACAGUGCCAGCCCCAGUCAAGCGUAGUUUUUAAGUGUUGGAACAGAUUUAAAAGUUGGUAUUAUCUAGGAAGUCCUAAAGCUAAAUCUAGUUCCAAAGCAAAAUGUCUUCCUCAUCUACAAGCAUCACAGGUGUGUAAUGUCUCAUGUUUUGCAGAAUGUUUAAAAGUUGUAUUAAAUCACUUAUUUCCUUCCUUCCUCCCUCCCUCCCUCCCUUCCUUUUUCCUUUUUUUUUUUUUUUUUUUUUUUUUUAAUUUGACAGGUAGAGUUAGAGAGAAAGAAAGGUCUUCCGUUGGGUCCCCCCCGCAAAUGGCCACCAAUCCGGAGCCAGGUGCUUCUUCCUGGUCUCCUAUGCAGGUGCAGGGCCCAAUCACCUGGGCCAUCCUCCACUGCCCUCCUGGGUCACAGCAGAGAGCUGGACUGGAAGAGGAGCAGCCAAGACUAGAACUCUGCGCCCAUAUGGGGUGCCGGCACUGCAGGUGGAGGAUUAGCCAAGUGAGCCAUGGCGCCAGCCCCUAAAUCACUUAUGUCUAAUAAGAAAGAUACACCACCCCUUCUAGAGCUUGUCUUCAUAGGUGAUUCUGCUGAUCCCUCUUAGAGCUGAAUUUAAUACUGAAAUCUGGAGUCCCUGGUUCCUUUGUGAAUAACUUUUUUUUCUUUUCUAUGGCCAUAAAGUGCAGGCCUUCAGGGUGGGCAUUUAGCCUAGUGGUUAGGACACAAGGUAAAACGCCUGUGUCCUGCAUCAGAGCACCUCGGUCCAAUGCCCAGCUCCAGCUCCUGACUCCAGCUUCCUGCUAAUACAGACCGUGGGAGGAAGCAGCCUUUGGGUCCCUGCCACCCAAGUGGGAGAGCUGGACGGGGUUCCCAGCUCCUGGCUUCGGCUGUCCCUGUCCUUUGUGGGCAUUUGGUGAGUGCACCCGGGGUGAGAGCUCGCUGUGUCUCAGGUAAAAGUUAGAACCAAGCCAAGCCUUCUGCUUUUGAGCUCCUGGGAGAUGCAGCGCACAGAACAACACCAAACCUAACUGCCGGUUCUCAGACUCUGAUGCCCGGUGUGGCCAUCAGUAGGUCUCUAGACCUCGACUCUGGUCCGUCCCUGCUGGAACUGAUGCCGCUGCAGCAUGCCUGUGCCAGUCACUCAGUGAGCCUCAUCUGUCAGGUCCAGGGCAGAGCUCCCCCGUGCAGUGGCCCAUUCGCAGCCCAGGAGCUUUGGUCAGAAUUCCACUUCUCCUCCGGCAGGGCAGCCAGAAACAGUGCCUCAUCCUCCCGAAAGGCCAAGAGUGGGUGGCCCUGUGCACUGUCAGGCUGCUGUGUGGACACGACUCCGUUCAGCUGAAAGGAGUCAAACUGGGUUUCUGAUCUUUUAUACAAACGUGCUACAAAUGCCUAACCAGUAAGUUCCCUGAUUUCAGAGUGAAUUUCCUUAAUUAUCUCCGAUUUCCAAUGUCUGGCCGAUUGCUUUCCUGAAGCAUUGCUAAUGUAUAGACAGUCAUUAAGACUUCUCUGGGGGUCAGAGUCAGUUUCCCAUGUAGGCACUGGUUUGAGUCCCAGCUGCUCCACUUCCCAUCCAAUGCCCAGCUAAUGGCCUGGGAAAGCAGUAGAAGAUGGCACAAGUCCUUGGGCCCCUGCACCCACGUGGGAGACCUGGAGGAAGCUUCUGGCUCCUGGCUUUGGCCUGGCACAGCCCCGGUCAUUGCAGCCAUUUGGGGAGUGAAAUAGGAGAUGGAAGAUCUCUCUAACCCUAUUUCAAAUAAAUAAAAUAUAUCUUUUAAAAAAAAGACCUAUCUGUAUUUAUCUGAGUGGAACUAGUCUUUUUUCCUUUGUAGGAUGUAAUUUCCAAACAGUAAAAUACACCCAUUUUAGUGCAGGGUUCUGCAAAAUUUGACAAACAUGGUUCACCUGGUAGAAUUGAGUCUUAUUUCUUUGGGGGGGGGGGGAAACAUAUAUUUUUUAAGUAUUUGAAAGGCAGAGUUAGAGAAAGAGAUAGAAGAGACAGAGAGAGAGAGAGAGAUCUUCCUGGUUCACUCCCCAAAUGGCCGCAAUGGCUGGCACUGGUCCAGGCUGAACCAGGAGCCAGGAGCUUCUUCCGGGUCACCCGUGUGAGUGCAGGGGCCCAUGGCCUUGGGCCAUCUUCCGCUGCUUUCCCAGGCGCAUUAGUAGGGAUCUGUUUUGGAAGUGGAGCAGCCGAGACUUGAACAGAACCUGUUGUAGCAAACAGCCACUUAACCUGCUACCCCACAAUGCCGGCCCCGAAAUUGAAAGCUUUAUUCUGAUAUCUACACCACAUGAGAACUUUGUCAGUGAAAAUUUUUACUUCUUCCAGGGAUUUAAGACGAACUAACUAGCAGGUUAACAUUAAUCAAUCAGUGUUGAUUGAUUAAUAUUAAUUAAUCUUGGUGUUUCAACCAGGCUAAGGAAAAGCUGAGCUGUCUGGGUCCAGCCCGACACUCGGGGAAGCAGCGCCCCCUAGUGAGGCGUUGCGCAGAGGCCAUUCUCUGACAGUUAAAGUCUGGUGAUGGAGAGAGGGGACAGGCCUGCUGGGCUCACAGCUCCAGGCUUUGCACAUGUGUGAAAAAACAGCCGUGUGGGAGCCAGGAACUGGUCCAGCAAAAAAUAUUUUGGGCCCUGCCUCCCACCCUGAGAAUCUUUGGUCUGCCUUUCAUUUUCUCCUUGGCAAAGUAACCUGUGUUUUCUCCCCAACAUCACAGGGCCUUCCCUCCCUACAAGGCAGCUAUAGUGAGUGAAUGUUGGGCCCCUCCCUUGACCCCCCCCCCACAUUUAUAAAAGCUAUGUAUGACUGGGACUAAGAAGUACAUGGCUUCUACUACAGAAAAAUGAGGCAGGGAUACAUUCAUAAGAUCAGAGUCGGUGCUGUGGUGUAGUAGGCUAAGCCUCCACCUGUGGUGCCGGCAUCCUGUAUGGGUGCUGCUCCACUUCUGAUCCAGCUCCCUGUUAAUGCACCUGGGAAAGCAACAGAGGAAGGCACUAGCCACAUGGGAGUCCCAGAUGGAGCUUCAUGCCUCUUGCAUUGUGGGAGUGAACCAGCUGAUGGGGGAUACGUCUGCCCGCCCCCCCCCCCCCAUAGCUCUUUCAAAUAAAACGUCUGGAGGGGGCAGUCAUAUGGCUGCGGGUUAACAGUGGGCUAAGCCAAGGCUUGGGAUGUCCAAAUCCUGUAUCUGAGAGCUGAGUCUCAGCUACUGCUGCCCCAGCUUCCUGCUAUUUGCAUCCUGAUAAGGCAGCAGAUGAUGGCUCCAGUACUUGGGUUCCUGCCACUCAUGGGAGACAUGGAUGGAGCUCCUGGCUCCCGAGUUCAUCCUGGCCCAGUCCCGGCUGUUGUGGGCCUUGGGGUAGUGAACCAGUAAAGUGGAAAUCCUUCUCUCUCUGCUCUUCAAAUAAAAUAAUUUUUUUAAAAACGAAGAAAUAAAAAGAAAAGCACUCUCAGCAACCCAAGAGAAUGGAACUGGAGGGAAGGACGUGAGGGGAGAAAGGGAAAACGAACACGAUCGUAGGAGGUUGCUGAACCACAGUGAAAACCAGUGGACUGCAGAAAAUACCACUGGCCAGCUCCACGGGCUGUAGCUGUGGAGAAUGAAGUGAGGCAAGAAGCAAGCACGGGAGUGUUUACUCAACUGUCUUUCUUUCUCUUUCUUUCUUUCUUUCCUUCUUUCCUUCUUUCCUUCUUUCUUUCAGGCAGAGUGGACAGUGAGAGAAAGAGACAGAGAGAAAGGUCUUCCUUUUGCCGUUGGUUCACCCUCCAAUGGCCGCCACGGCCAGUGCGCUGCGGCCGGCGCACCGCGCUGAUCCGAUGGCAGGAGCCAGGUGCUUCUCCUGGUCUCCCAUGGGGUGCAGGGCCCAAGCACCUGGGCCAUCCUCCACUGCACUCCCGGGCCAUAGCAGAGGGCUGGCCUGGAAGAGAGGCAACCGGGACAGAAUCCGGCGCCCCGACCGGGACUAGAACCCAGUGUGCCAGCGCCGCAGGUGGAGGAUUAGCCUAGUGAGCCGCGGGGCCGGCCACUCAACUAUCUUUCAAUUUAAUGUUAAAAAUGGAGUUACAGGCCGGCACCAGGGCUCACUGGGUCAAUCCUCCGCCUGUGGUGCCGGCACCCUGGGUUCUAGUCCCGGUCUGGGCGCCGGAUUCUGUCCCGGUUGCCCCUCUUCCAGGCCAGCUCUCUGCUGUGGCCCGGGUGUGCAGUGGAGGAUGGCCCAAGUGCUUGGGCCCUGCACCCCAUGGGAGACCAGGAGAGGCACCUGGCUCCUGGCUUCAGAUUGGCGCAGUGCGCCGGCCAUAGCGGCCAUUGUGGGGUGAACCAAUGGAAAAGGAAGACCUUUCUCUCUGUCUCUCUCUCCACUCUGCCUGUCCAAAAAAAAAAAAAAAAAAAAAAAAAAAAAAGGAGUUGGGGGGCAACAUUGUGGUGCAGUGGGCAAAGCCGGCACCUGCAGUGCCAGCAUCCCAUAUGGGCACUAGUUCAAGUCCUGGCUGCUCCAUUUCCAAUCCAGCUCCCUGCUAAUGUGGUUGGGAAAGCAGCAGAAGAUGCCCCAAGUACUUGGGCCCCUGCACCCACGUGGGAGACCCCAAAGAAGCUCUUGGCUCCUGGCUUCAGCCUGGCCCAACCCUGGUUGAUGCAGCCAUUUGGGGAGUGAACCAGCAGAUGGAAGACCUCUCUCUCAUUAACUCCCCCCAUCUCUCUCUAACUCUGCCUUUCAAAUAAAUAAUAAAAAUAAGAUCUUAAAAAAAAGCAGGAGAAAAUAUAGAGGCAUUUCAGGCAAUGAAUCCAAAAACUGUGUUUUAUAGAUUUAUAAUUUAUAGAUUCAUGAUGUGUGUGGAUAUGUCAGCUUUUUAAAGUUUAUUUAUAUAAUUUAUAUAUAAUAUAUAAUUAUAUAUAAUAUAUAUAAAAUAUUAUAUAUUAUAUAAUAUAUAAUAUAUAAAAUUAUAUAUAAUAAAUACUAUAAAUAAAUAAAUCUUAUAUAUAAAAAUAUUUAUUUAUUUGAAAGGCAGAGUUACAGAGAGGCAGAGAGAGAGAGAGAGUGAGAGAGGUCUUCCACCCACUGGUUCACUCCCCAAAUGGCUGCAACGGCCAGAGCUGCGCCAAUAUGAAGCCAGGAGCCAGGAGUUGCCUUGUCUCCCACAUGGGUGCAGGGGCCCAAGGACUUGGGCCUUCUACUGCUUUUCUAGGCCAUAGCAAAGAACUGGAUCAAAAGUGGAGCCGUCAGGACUCGAACCGGCACCCAUAUGGGAUAUUGGCACUGCAGGUGGCGGCUUUACCAGCUAUGCCACAGCGCCACCCCCUAAAGUUUAUGUUUUGUUAUUAUUUUCUCAAAGUAAAUACUCACUUUCUCACCUAAAAGAAGAAAAAAAUGAAACACAAAAGUUGACACUGGGGCCAGCGUUGUGACGCAGUGGGUUAAUCCACUGCCGGCAACACCAACACUGGUUUGAGUCCCGGCUGCUCCACUUCUGAUGCAGCUUCCUGGUAAUGGCCUGGAUGAGCACUGGAAGAUGGCCGCGUGUCUGGGCCCUUCCACCCAGCGGGAGACAUACCCGGUGACGUUUCUGGUUCUCAGCUUCAGCCUGCCUCAGCCCUGCAGCUGCAGCCAUGGAGGAGUGAACAGUGGAUGGAAGAUCUGUCUCUCCUCUCUGUAACUCUGACUUCCAAAUUCAUACAUAAAUAAAUCUGGUUUUAAAAAAUAAUUUAUUAUUUGAAAGGUAGAAUUACAGAGAGAGAAUGAGAGAGAGAGAGAGAGACAGAGAGAGAGAGAGAGAUCUUCCAUCCGUUUAUUCACUCCCCAGAUGGCUGCAAUGGCUGGAGCUGCGCUGAUCUGAAGCCAGGAGCCAGGAGCUUCCUCCAGGUCUUCCACGCAGGUGCAGGGCCCUCAGGAUUUGGGCCGUCUUCCACUGCUUUCCCAAGCCAUUAGCAAGCAGCUGGAUUGGAAGUGAAGCAGCCAAGACUCCAAGUAGUGCCAAUAUGUGAUGCCGAUGUUGUUGGCGGUGGCUUUAACCACUAUGUCACAACACUGGCCCCAGUAAAUAAAUCUUUAAAAAAGAAAAAAUUAAAACCAAGUUCAGGGGCAGGCAUUUAGCCUUGCAGUUAAGACACCAGUUAGGAUGCUCAUAUCCCACAUCAAAAUGCCCACAUUCAAGCCCCAGCUCCAGCCCCCGUCUCCAGCUCCUGUAGACGGGAGUCAGCAGGGAUGGCUCAAGUGGUCGGAUCUCUGCUACCCGUGUGGGAGACUGGGUUGAGCUCCUAUCUCCCAGCUUUGGCCUGGCCUGGCCCUGACUUUGGCAGAGUGAACCAGGGCAUGGGAGAUCUCUGUCUCUGAAAUAAGUAAAACAAGACUGUUUAAUGCCAGAUAGAAGAGCCAGUGUGAUUGCACUGAAAUCCCAAAGGCUUACUGUUAAUGCCUUGCACAAAUCCCCAGACAUGCUCAAUGCAACAAACACAGUAAGGGGGACAUGUUUUCUGAUAUACUGACAUGUAAUUUGGAAGCAUCUUGAAUAAAGAGGGGUGUCAAGAUAACUAAAUACCUAACACAUUAUGGAGUUUUAGGGAGAUUUCCCGUUGGCCUUGGCUAUGAAGCAAUAUCCAAAAGUAGUUCAUUACCAGUGAAUGAGGUAGUAAUGCCGAAUUUGAGUAGGAUGUAUUUUUUUAAAUGAGCAUUGGCGCCACCUUAUGGCCAUACUUAGAACAUACACAAAUCAUACCCUACACUCACAUUUCCACUUAAAUAAUAAUCUUAAUUCCAAGAUUAUUUGGAUAUUAUACAAAUAAAUUUUAAACGUUGUUGCUGA